AUGGCGGGCGGCUGGGCGAUGGCGCUGGGCUUGGGGCUCUGCCUCACCGCGCUGCGCCAGGGAGUGCUGCGGGACAAUUUCCGCCUGCAGCCGGGUGAUUUGGUGGCCACAGCGGGGCAAGUGUUGGAGCUGGAUUGCGUCCCCCCCUUGGGGCACCCCGAACCCCGCGUGACCUGGAAGAAGGACGGGGUGACCUUGGACUUGGCGGGUGACAGGUAUGUGGUCACCAACGGGAAGUUGCGGGUGGCACCGGCGCGACGGAGCGACUCCGGGCUCUACAUCUGCGUGGCGGCCAACACGGCAGGCGAGAGGGAGAGCCGGGGUGCCCACGUCUCCGUCCUAGAGAAGCCAACCAUCGUGCGGCGCCCAAGCGACGCUGUAGCGGUGGCCGGCAGCACUGUGGAGCUGGGCUGCGGCGCCCAAGGUGACCCGGCGCCGCGGGUGCAGUGGCACAAGGAACGUGGGGACCUGCCCUGGGGCAGGCAUGAGGUGGACCGGGAGCACACGUUGCGCCUCUACGCCGUGACGCUUGCUGACGCCGGCACCUACGUGUGUACAGCGCAGAGCCAGCUGGGCACUGCCGCCGCCACUGCCCGCCUCCGCGUGGAAGACCAGCUGUCGAUGGACCGGCAGGAGGCUGCACCAUGGGACCUGCUGGCCGUGCGGCUGCACCUGGACAAUGGCACCAUGCUGCCCACCGCCGCUGUCCGGCUCCACUGGCAGAUGCUUAUGCCAGCACCGGUGCCAGUGGGCUACAUGGUGCUGUACCGCUGCUUGCUCCCUGCCAGCACCUCCUGGGUCCAACAUGACGCAGGCAGGGAGCUCAGCGCCAUCAUCCCUGCACUCCGCAGGGGCUACAAGUACGAGUUCAAGGUCCGACCCUAUGCUGGAGGGACCCAGGGCUUGGACAGCAACAGCAGGCACCUCUGGAUACCCGAGGAAGUGCCAAGCGCGGCGCCCCAGCACGUCACCGUGGGCCAGGCUGAGACAGGGAAUGGCACCGUGGUCGUGAGCUGGGAGCCACCUCCUCCUGAGGCCCACAAUGGCAUCAUCCGGGGCUACAAGGUCUGGUCAAUGGGCGAGGGCUGGCAGCACACCACCAAUAGGACAGUGGACGAAGGCACCCGACACCUGGAAACCCUCCUCCCAAGCCCUGGGGCCAAAUUCUGUGUCCAGGUGGCGGCUUUCAAUGGUGCAGGGCUGGGGGUUCCCAGCAAUGUCACCUGCAGCGUCCUGGGGCUGACGGCAGGGAGCACCGGGGUGGAAUGGGUGCUGCGGCAGCCCGCCGUCAUUGCAGCUGCUGGCUCACUGCUCUGGUUGGCCUGGCUCGCCCUCCUCCUCCUCCUCUGCCAGCGCCUCAAAAGCCAGGACACCACACCUCACCGCAGGCUGGUGGCUGGUGACUCGCCAUGGCUCGGAGGCCCCUGGAAACCUGGCUGUGCCCCUGGAAACCUCAGCAGCAGCAGCAGCCUCAGCAACCGGCUCCUGGACAGUGACGGCAGGGACCCCCAUCCCUCCAGUGAGCCCCAGGGGUCCCUGGCCACUGUGUGCCCCAGGGACACAUCCCUGGUCACCAGGUGCCCCAAGGACAUGUCCCCAUUCACUGGGAUCCCCUGGAACACACCUCCAGCCACUCGGCAUCCCAGGGACACAUCCCCAGUCACUGAGAGCCCCAGGGAUGUGUCAUCAGUCACCAGACACCCUAGAGAUAUGUCCCUGCUCCCUGAGGACCCCAAGGACAUGUUCCUGGCCAGCAGGCACCCCAAGGAUGUGUCAGCAGUCACCAGGCAUCCCAGGGACGUGUCACCGGCCACCCAGCCCCCCAAGGACCCAUCACCAGUCACCAGGCACCAGAGGGACACAAUCUUGGCCACCAGGCACCCUGAGGACACCACCCUGGUCAGCAGGAGCCUGAGGGACAUGUCCCCGGUCACCAGGCGCCCCAGGGAUCCAUCACCAGUGACCAAGCAUCAGAGGGACAUGUCUCCAACCAGCAGGCACCCAAGGGACACUUCUGCAGUCACCAGGCACCCCAAGGAGAAGUCCCCAGCCACUGGGCACCGCAGGGACAAGUUCCUGGCCACCAGGUACCACAAGGACAUGUCUCUGGUCACCAGGCACCCCAGGGACCCAUUACCGGUGACCAGGCACCCAAGGGACAUGUUCCUGUCCAGCAGGUACCCUGAGGACUUGUCACCAGCCACCAGGCAUCCCAAGGACACACUCCUAGCCACUGGGCACCCGAGGGACACAUCCCCAGUCACCAGGCACCCUGAGAAGAUGUCCCCAGUCCUCAGGCACAGCAGGUACAAGUUCUUGGGCACCAGGUACCCCAAGGACAUAUCCCCAGCCACCAGGCACCCCAGGGACACAUCACCAGUGACCAGGCACCCAAGGGACACAUUUCUGGCCACCAGAUACCCAAAGGACAUGUCACCAGUCACCAGGCAUCCCAAGGACACAUCCCCAGCCACCAGGCACCCCAGGGACACAUCCCCACUCACCAGACACCCUGAGGAGACGUCUCCGGUCCCUGGUCACCACAAGGACACAUUCUUGGGCAGCAGGUACCCCAAGGACAUGUUACUGGCAGCCAGGCACCCUAGGGACCUAUCACCGGUGACCAGGCACCCAAGGGACAUGUUCCUGAUCACCAGGUACCCAAAGGACGUAUCACCAGCCAUGAGGCAUCCCAAGGACACAUCCUCAGCCACCAGGCCCCCAAGGGACACAUCCCCAGUCACCAGGCACCCUGAAGAGAUGUCCCUAGUCACUGGUCACCAGAGAGACAUGUUCUUGGGCAGCAGGUACCCCAAGGACAUGUCCCUGGUCACCAGGCACCCCAAGGACAUGUUCCUAGCCACCAGGCACCCCAGGGAUGCAUCACUGGUGACCAGGCACCCAAGGGACAUGUUCCUGGCCACCAGGUACCCCAAGGACAUGUCCCCGGCCACCAGGCACCCAAGGGACAGGUCCCCGGUCACUGGGCGCCUCUCGCCGGCAUUCAGCGACGGAGUCCUCACGCCGCAGCGGGUGGCUGAGGACCUGGAGAUGGACCAGGACACCACCCGCCCCAGGUACACCCCGUCCCCCUGGGAGACCACCAUGGUGGCAGCAUCCCCCAGUGCCAGCAGCAUCCUUGCCGUGUCUCCCUGCAGCCCUCCAGCACCAGCCACGCCACGGUCCUUCUCACCACCACACACCUAUGGCUACAUCUAUGGGCCACCAGCCUCCGAGCUGGGUGAGGAAGAGGAGGAGGAAGAGGAAGAAGAGCGGCCAGCAACAAGGGGCUCGCCAGGGGGUUCGCUACUGAACGGCUGGGGGUCUGUCUCGGAGGACAACUUCGCCAGCGCCCGCUGCAGCUUGGUGAGCUCCUGCGACGGCUCCUUCCUCCUGGAUGCCAGCUUCGCCCGGGCGCUGGCCGUGGCCGUUGAUGGCCUCUGCUUCAGCCUCGAGGACACUGAUGGAGCCUAUGGGGGUCCCUCACCACCACCAUCACCCUUGGAGGGGGUCUUCUUGCCCGUGGUCCCCAUCCCCACCUGGGACUGGGGGACGGCACUGGAGGUCCCAUGGAGAGUCGGGACAGAGGCGGCCACAGGCAUCCCGCAGCACGGUGGCCACAGGUCGGGGAGUGGCAGUCCCUGGGCCAGCGGUCAUUGUCCCCCCACUGUCCUCAUCCCUGCUGACUGUCCUUAUCCUUGCUGA